AGUCAGGAGUAGCCAGUCUCGCGGCCACGGCACACACACUCCGCCACUCAUCUCGCCCGCCAGUCACCAACCCGCCUCCGCCACUACCACCUGUUGCCACCAUCACCGCUCCCUCCACCAACCAUACUCCUGCAAUACUUGCAAUUCCACUAAAAACGGCCCAUUGUUUUAUCAGCCAUCAUUCUCUCUCGUCGCUGCUGAAACAACCUCGCAUUCGUUGUACAAAAUCAUAUUACUAAUCAACGGAAUCCAUAUAGAUCGAUAUCCUUUCAGUCUUGGUGUUCGAGGACAUUUAGAGUAACCAAAGAAAACGAGAAGAGGAACAGACUCACAGUUGACAUAAAAAAAGUUCUGUGAAUAGGUCGCGUGUCCAAUGUGAUAUUUUUUGUACAGUGAAGGAGACACAUACGUUUAGCCAAUAUUGUUCUCUAAGUAAAAAAAAAAAAAAAUCACUCAAAGGGUAACAUACGCAUUAGCAUUGCGUAUAAAGACUGUUGUGUAAUCUGGUGAGUGUGUGUGUGCGUGUGUGGAUUGUGACGUGAGAAAAUCUGAGUCGCUCGUGUCCUCUGGUCGAAACACGCAUACACUGGCAUACAUCAAGGAGUGACACAACACGAUAAGCACAUUGCGUAAAGCAAUAAUUCACUACGUAGCAACAAAAGAAACGAAGAUUACACGGAAUAAGUAUUAAAAAAAGUAAAACAACACACAAACAAGAUCAUAAAAAAUAGGACUGGGCAGCACGCGAGUCACAACAGCACAUAACACACGAACACAUACGAACACGCGGACCGUUGUAUUGUGUGAGCUGUCGUCGUCUUCAUCGUAGUCGUCAUGAGGGACAGGAAGUCAUGGAACGUGCCCGCCUCCACCUUCGCCAAGAACACCUUCAAUCCCAUCAGGAACAUAAUAGAGAACAUGCAGAUUGUUCCUCACCCAGACAAGCCCAUGAUUGCUCUCUCCAUAGGUGACCCAACGGUGUUCGGGAACCUCAAGCCAGCCCCAGAGAUCGUAGAGGCGGUGGUGGAGGCAACGCGGCGAGGCUCCUGCAAUGGCUACGUGUCCAGCACAGGCACAGAGGCGGCACGUGCGGCGGUAGCUAAGUACUGCUCGGUGGAAGACAAAUUGGAACUGCAGGCCAAGGACGUGGUGCUGUGUUCCGGCUGUUCCUGUGCCCUGGACAUGUGCAUCACGGCGCUGUGCAGCCCCGGACAGAACCUGCUGGUGCCUCGCCCUGGUUUCCCCAUCUACACUACCCUGGCGGUGGGACUCGGCGUGCAGACCAAGGACUACAAUCUACUGCCAGAGAGGAGCUGGGAGAUCGACCUUGAGAUGUUGGAGGCCUCGAUUGACGACCAGACAGCGGCCAUCGUCGUCAACAACCCGUCCAACCCAUGCGGCUCCGUCUACACUAAAGAGCACCUGAUUGCCAUCCUCGAGGUGGCCGCCAGGAACAAGGUGCCCAUCAUUGCCGACGAGAUCUACGACCACUUUGUGUUUGAGGGACAGGAAUAUCACCCCAUCGCCUCACUGACGGAAGAGGUGCCAGUGCUCUCCUGUGGCGGCCUCACCAAGAGGUUCCUGGUGCCCGGGUGGAGGAUGGGCUGGAUCACCAUCUGCGACAGGGGCAACGUGCUGGACCAGGAGUUAUCACCUCUCCCAUUUGUCUGUCCGUCUGUUACCCUCUUCCUCUCCCUAUCCUUCUCCCGCUCCCGCUCUCUCUUUCUCUAUACAAGGGUGAGAAAUGGAUUGCAGCAUCUGAGUCAGAGGAUCAUAGGGAGCAACACGCUGGUCCAGGGGCGCCUUGCCGCAUCCUCGCCAACACGACCGCAAUCCUUCUUCACGGACACCCUCGCUCAGAUACAGGCCAACGCUGAGCUGUCUUACUCCAUCCUGCGGGAGGUGCCAGGCCUGAACCCCAUCAUGCCCCAAGGCGCGAUGUACAUGAUGGUGGGCGUGGAUAUGACUAUGUUCCCCGGCCUGAAGAAUGACCUUGAGUUGGUGGAGCGCCUGAUUUCUGAGGAAUCUGUCUUCUGUCUGCCGGGAAAGUGUUUUGACUGCCCGAACUACAUGAGAAUCGUCCUGACGGUGCCCGAGCCACAGCUGCGGGAGGCGUGCAAGAGGAUCAUCACCUUCUGCUCCCGUCACCACGCCUCCGCCCACGUCAAUGGCCUCGCCCACGCCAACGGGCACGUCAACGGCUGCGAGGCGGAAUCUUUAAAAAAUGUAGAAAAAGCUAUGGUGGUGGAAGUGAAGUCUGGGAGUGAGUGAGUGAGUGAGUGAGUGAGUGAGUGAGUGAGUAAAGAGUGGUUAAUGGAUUGAUUGAUUAGUUGAUUGUUUGAUUCAUUGAUUGAUUAAAUAAGUGAUCUACUGCAUUAAGCGCCACAAAUUAUAUUAUAAUGGCGCUAGUUUGAGGAAGAGUUAAUGUUUUAGUGAGUGAGUGAGUGCGUGAGUGUGAGAGUAAGAGAACAUUUUUACAUACUAGGUAGAUACUUUAGAUGAUGAACUUCGGGAAACUAUUAGUAAUCGUAGGCAGCAACACAGCUAGUUAGUCAGUGGGAGGGACUACGUAGAUGGCUCAGUGGCUCAGUGUACCUAGCAAUCCAUCACAGCAGUACCUUCUCUUCUCUUCCACGUUCUGGCAGUCUGGAGGGAUUAAAAACGAGACCAAGCGUCCCUCGUACUCAACAUUUAUCCCGCCCGUAAUUUUUGGACUGCAAAAUUAAUUGAGACGGGAAGUCCGUAGGUUAGAUGGAAUAAGUGAAUGGAAGAGAAGAGAACCAAUUAUGUAGACUCUCAUUCGUCAUGCAGCAAUUGUCAUAGAUAAUGAUUUGUAAUGGUAAUGAUAAUAAUGAUUGUGAUGAAUGCAUUCCUUAGCAUUUUUUUUUUUUUUUAGGUAUUUUAGGGACCUGGAUUGUGGGAUGUACAAGUGAGACGAGGCAUCAUAAGGGAUUUAGUGAUGGUAGUAUAUUAUGAGGAGAAUGGGGAUGAGAUGUGGUUCGUAAAGGUAUAUGAAAGGAGAGGGAUGGGAUAGGUACGUGUAUUGUGUAGAUCCGUAAGAAUAGAGUCAAUAUUAGAGUUUUCUGUACGUUGUAAUGUAGCAUCGGGGACUGUGCAAAUGUAAACGUUUAAGAAGUGUCAGCAGUAGUGAGUAAAUAGAAUGCUUGAUUUAUCACCAUGAAGAGCUCAACUUACACCGAUCUAACCGCGAACACUGAGGCGCUCCGUAAUGGAAGGUGUGCUUAGGUCCUUAUUCCGUCCAUUCCGUGCAAUAGUUCCAUCACUGCCACUCUUUCAUUCUCACCAACUCCGGGUCUCCUUGCUUGUUUCUGUUUGUACCUCUUACAUCACUAUUCUUUCCACCUCACCAAUGCAAUAGUUAAUUUUCUUCACUGUUUUAUCUUCUUCACCGGUAAACCCUCGAACUCUACCUGCUUUUGUUUUUUUUGUUUUUUUCCUACAGACUGAUGUGUUUCAAGGGAGGAAUAUUAAGGCAUAUGUGAAAUGAAAUUGGUCAACCCGUCUAGAACUCUCAUUCAGUCAACUUUUUACGGGGAGAACCAAGUUUUAUCAUUAUUAUUUCUUUUUUACAUACAUUCUCUUAUUUCUUCUACUCCUUUGCCAGUGUCCUGUACAUGUAAAAAAAAAAAAAAAGGACAGAAAAAAAAUGACGCCGUAAACGGAUCUGGACUAAGCACAACUUCUAACACUGAAGGCCUUAAUUACAUGACCAUAACCAUGUACUUCAUGACGAAACGCGUACACACAGACUAGACCAGACACACGUACACAAUGGAAUAUAUAUGUAAGUACUUAGACACAUUUAUACAUAAAAUCACAUAUGCAGAUGUACCAUGAAAAUGUGUCCAUGGUACAGACAGACACAAACACACGUGCAUAUAAAAGAAUACAUAUAUAGAAACAUGCAUGCAUAUGUGUACCAACAAGAAAGGUACAAAAUAUUCCGUGUACAUCAAUAAAUAACGUAGUGAUUAUGAAGUGAUUGUCAUUGUUACAGGAAUCAUUAGGAAAGGCUUACAUAGGAUAGAGUAGUAUUAGAAGAGUAAGUUGUAAUUAUGUACGUAGUAGACUAAAACGCCUCCUCGUCCAGGGAGAAGAGGAAUAAAAUGCAUUGUUAUUUCUAAUGUUACGUAGUAUAUCUUUCGAGUGUUAAUUCUCUCGUUGCUCAUUGAUCAUCAAGCCAUUGUACACAUAAUCAGAAUAAUAAUAAUGAAGAAAAAAAAAUAAGAACAAUAAAGACAACUCAAAA